GGAAAAAUGAAAAAAUAGAAGAAACAAUGCCACCGGCGUCCCACCCGCGUCCCCUCGCUGGACGGUUCAAGCGUGGGUCCGGGAGGAGAUACGCUGCCCUUGUACUCCGUAUCGACUCAUAUCACUCAUAUCACUCAUAUCACUCCACUCGCCUUUCUACUUUCCUUCUCCUCCCUCCCCCUCCUCCUUCUCUUCUCCCCUUCUCCGGCUCUUGAUCGACUCUUGAUCGACUCUUGAUCGACUCUUGGCUCUGAUCGAGCUGCUCUUCGCAUCUUGCGAUUCUGUUCUUUUCUUCCUCAACUUGGCCAUUUCGUUGCCUUGCCUUGCCUUGCCGUUCCUUUCCCUUCUCAUCACCACCACCACUCAUACGACUACCCACAGGCUUGACGCCAAAAUACCCUCCAACGAAAGAUUACUGCAAACCAGCAAAAUAAAAGUAACCCAUCGUCGAUUCACUACUAUAUUUCCAACCCUCCAUCGGCUGCUUGGCCGGCCCUUUCACUCUUUUGUGUGUGUGUUGCGUUCCGAUUAUUCGAUUCUCCAAUAUACCCACCAAGCCGACUUUUCAUUCACUUCUCGACUCGAACUUCGGAAAAUAUCCCACCUCUUCUUUCUUCCGAGAUAGACUCGUCCCGAUUUCGCGCCAGUCGCUUUGGAGUCCCAGAGUCGUGCAGUGCAGCCUUGCGGAUGCUGGCAUUCUGCACAUCCUAUAUACUUUCUGGCAGAGGACAUACGCCUAUCCGAUUCCAACAAAUUGCGCGCACACCAUUUCGCUGUUAAACCGACUUCGAAGAUGCAAAGGCGCUCUACAUACAUCCCACUAUAAACCAUUACACCCGCAUUGGUUGCAAUGGAUUUGCUGCCCAUACAAAAACCCAGCGACAUAAGUCGCGGCGGCGGCUCCGUGAAGCGCGCCAGGGAACAGGUGGAAAGGGAACGUCUACAGAUGACCUCGGAAUCACCACGGAUGCGCCAAGCCCAACAACAGGCGCGCGGCGAGAACCGCCCGAGGCAACCUCUACCACAAGCCAUUACGGCGUCGCGAACCGGACAGGGAAUAGGAGCUGCGAUAUCGCGCCCGACGCCUGCCCCGCAGAGGCCUCUCCCGUCGCAAACGGGGAGGCCGCAGAUGAAUGAUAACGCGCAGCAAUACCAACCUCCGUCGGGGCGGGGUAAGGCUCCUCAGAGGCCGCCUCGUCCUAGUCAUGUCCCGUCGAUUCUCGAUGCCUCGAAGCUGCAGGAUCAUACGCCGUCGUUUCCGUAUCAACCUAAACCAGGGCCGUCACAGCCUGGAUCACAGUCGAGGGAGGCUCAGCAGCAUUUAGAUGAGAUGCGCUCGCCGGAUGUUUUGUCUCCAGUGACUCCAAUGACCAUGCAAUCAAGAGCCUCGACAAACUCCUCCAUCGGCACAAUCCCCGACUUCCCCGUCCCGGUAACCGGCGCGAACUACAGCACAACCGGACUCGGACCCCCACCCUCAUCCCGCCGCGGCCCAUCCUCCUACUACUCAAUGCAACCCUUCGUCCCCAUCCCCGAAGAAAUUCCCAAAGCCCCCACCGCCGCACACGGCUCCUACGCCUCCAGCACCGCCAUCCCCUCCAACUGGGGCGCGAUGGGGUACGGCUACGAGACGGACCAGCAGGCGCUCUUCGAUAAGGAGAUGAUGAUGGAUGAGGGCGCUGAGUCGAGCGAGGGCGUCCGCAGCGCGAGCGUGGGGAAGAGGGCGAAACCGCCGAUCAUCCUGAGGAAGGAUCAGCAGGUGAAGACGCCGCUGCAGUCGAGGGGAGGGGUGUUGGAGAAGACGAGGCAUUUGCGGGUGGUUGGGGGGGCGGAGAGGAAGGGGAUGCCGAAACGGGCGGAUGAUGCGCAGGGGGGGAUGAUGAUGGUGCCGAUGGCGAUGCAGAGGGAUACGACGUGGCCUACUUUUGGACUGGAUUCGCCCACAGAGGGGAAUAAGGAAUUAGGUGAUCUGUUGUCGUCAUCUGAUUCCGACUCAACGCUCACCUCUUCACCCACCGCGAUCGAGAUGGAGAAACUGGCGCCCAUCGCAGCCGUCCCCGCAGCAGUGAUGAUGAAUUCGCGAAGUCCGUCGGGAAGUCCAUUUGACAUGGGCGGCGGCGAGAGGGAAAUCCAAUAUAGCCGCAACUCCGCGAUCCGUCUCCCCUCGCGCCUGAACAUGGAUACGGUGCGCGACGCCGAGGCGAGGGGGAGUCUAACGAGUCUCCCUGAUCUGAUUCGGCGAGCUACACGGUUGGCGUCGAUGAUGAAUGAGGGGAAACGGCCGGCGAGUAGGCUGAAUGAUCUUAAUGAUUUUCCUCCCCCUGGGGGAGAGAAGGGGAGGGCUGGGAAUGGUCGCCAUCGCAACACCCCCUCCGGAAUCUCAGGCAUGCUCGCCGCCUUCCCCCCUCCAGGCCUAGCAACCCCCGUCGAAACCCCAAAAUCCAGGUCCCGCUGGCCUGCCUACGAGUCCUCCCUCGCCGACCUCCGCACCCGCAACGGACGGCGCUGCUGCGGAAUGCCGAUCUGUUGGUUCCUGAUCCUUCUCAUCGCCCUUCUUCUCGUGAUCACCGCCGCUAUCGUGAUACCCCUGGAAUUGCUGGUGCCGAACAAGAAAGGCGAUGCGAAUAAGAAUCUCUCGGCGCUGGAGGUGUGCGAGAAGGAUAGUAAGUGUAAUAAUGGCGGGCAGAGCAUUAUUAAUGGGGGUGUGUGUAGUUGUAUCUGCGUUAACAGUUUCACUGGCACGAACUGCGGUGAUAAAUCGGCUGUUGGGUGUACGACGGUGAAUUUCACCUCCACCGCUACCUCCCCCGCAGACGCGAAGACAUACACAGAUGUAACAAUCGGCGCCGCCAUCCCUGCGCUCAUCAAAAACGCGGUGGCCGGUUACAACAUCCCCCUCGACUUCGCGAAGGUAGUCUCGCGCUUUAGUGAUGCGGGUCUAAGCUGUGAUGCGCAGAACGCGAUUGUUUCGUUUAAUCCUGGGGCUGUGAGCGAGAGUGCCGUCGCGGGGGGGACGUCGAGUAAGACGCCCACGGCGACGGCGGUGGAGACGGGUCCAACGAGUAUUGUGAAGGGGUCGGGUGCGAAGAGGCGCGCGGAAGAAGCUGAUGCGCGGUUGGCGCCAAGGAUGGAGAGUCCCUUACCUAAUGUGGCGGAACCUACGGGAAUACACGCCUCCUCAUCUACCCCCCCAACUUCUACUCCCACCUCCUCUUCCUCAUCCGCCUCCGCAGCAAAAGCAGCAGCGGCGGCGAACUUCACCGUAACAGGAUCAACCCUCGACUUCUCCCGCACCGCCGUCCUCUACAUCCUCCAAACCCUCUCUCUCGACGCUGCAGCUGUUGCACAAACGAAAAUCACGUUGUUUUUGGUGGGGAAUGUGUAUACAGGGAUGGGGAACGUGACGGUGGGGAAUGGGGUGAGCGUUGAUUUUCUUGGGCGGAAGGUUGAUGCGGGGGAGGGGGUGGUGGGGGGUGGGGGUAAGGCGAAGAAGGAUUGA